UAAAUAUUUCAUGUUGAUCAGUAGUGCAAAACAGUCUGUUAGACCAAGUACUAAUGAAAGCUCAGGUUUAAAUACUAAGUUAUGCAAAAAUCUAUAAUCGAUGACAUUAAGUGCAAGAUUCUAAACAGAAUUAUAACAAUUGGAAUAUUAAAACGAACUAUUUUUAACCAAUUAAUAACGAUCCACUCUUAAGUAAUAAAUAUUUCAAUGUAGUUCUAUGGAUUUUAGUAGAUAACUUAGUUCAAAAUAAUCAUAUAGAUCAAGCAUGCCUUUUGUUAAAAAUAAUUGGAACCAUAAUAUUUCUUUGAAAAGAAAAAAUUAAGGAUAAAUGCUAAGAACAAACCCUUGUAUAAUCUAUAUGCCUGGACUUAAAUAAGAAGAAUUCAAAGAAGACAACUCAUCUUAAUAAACUCUUAAAAAAUAAUUUAAAGCACCUCUUCUGAAAUCACCCAUUAAACAUAUUAGUUUUCAAUUUAGAAAUAGAGAUAAAUGUAAUCCACUUUAAAAAAUAAAUUGA